AUGGAGCACCACCUCGACGAGAAGAGCCCAGCAGCGCCGGCCACUCUCACCAUGGACGGCAAAGAAGAACAGGUGGUCAACUUUGAAAGAUCCCUCUGGUAUGCACAGCAGCAACAACUCCAAGGAUACUUGAUGGGCUCUCUUUUCCGCAAUAUCCUUGCACAGGUCGCGACGCUUCAGACGCCGGCCGAAGUAUGGCGUGCCAUCCAUGCCAUGUUUGUUGCUCAAAGCCAAGCUCAAGCAAUCAACACCAGCAUCAAGCUCACGAAUCUUCAGAAAGGUAACAUGACCAUGGCUGAAUAUCUUGGAAAAAUUAAAAGUCUUACCGACGAAGUAGCUUGCACCACCGCCGCGCUCUCCGAUCCGGAGAUCGUGUCCAAGAUUCUUGCCGGACUAGACAUGGAAUACAAUCCUGUUGUCUCAGCCCUUGCUGCUCGGGUGGAACCGAUCACAGUUCAGGAGCUAUACAGCCAGCUCUUGAGCUUCGACGCCCGCCCCAGUCUCCUCCACGGCGCCAACAUUCGUCAGUCCUCCGCCAUCUCUGCCUCCCGUGGCCUCGGCCGUGGGAACGAUCACCAGGGGCAACACAGCAGUGGGCGUGGGCGCGGCAACAACGAUGGGGCCAAUAAAACACCGGCGGCAACAGCGGCUACAACAACAGGGCAGGGGGCGGCUUCAACAACAAAAACAACCGCCGUCCCUCUUCCUCCCGUGCGCGUCCUCGAUGCCAGCUUUGCAAGAAGGCGGGCCAUGAAGUCAUGUAGUGCUCGCACUGUUAUGAUGAAGAUUAUGUCCCCGAUGCUCGUCAUGUUGCUGCAGCCAUGCGUGAGCAAGGAUGAGAAGGAGUUUGCUUCACUGCGCAACGGGGCGGCGAUCGACGAGGAGGCAGAGCACGGGGGCAACGGUGAGGGGCGCGGCGACAGCGACGGUGAGGGGCGCGGCGAUGGCAACGUUGAGGGGCGCGGCGACGGCGACGGUGAGGGGCGCGACGACGGGCGAUGA